AUAAUAUUAUGAUUGAAUUUUGAAGGUUGAGGAUUGAGCGAUAUUUUAAUUUACAGAAUAUAUUAUUUAGCCAUUGCCCAUCAGUACUUGACAAUACUACAAUAGUAGAUGUUACCUCAAUCUUAAAUCGACAAUACUAUCAAGUAUGCUUUUAAUUUAUCUAUUUUAAACAGCACUGUACCAUUGUAUCUAAAUUGAAAUAUCAUAAUAAAUUAUAAAACUAGUUAAGUAUUACAAAAAUCUGCUCUUAAAAAGUAUCUUUAAAUUCUUUUUUGACUUCCGUUUAAAAUAAAAAGCAUUUUAUUAGAUAAUCAUAGAAAUUAUUAUUUUUUUAUUGAUAUUUCCACCAUUUACUGAAAAUAUUAACACCUUAAUAAAUUAAUAAAUACAAAUAUACAAUAUUAAAACAAUAUUGUACAUUUAGAUCUUUUUUCUAAUAUUUACCUAGUUAAAGAAUACAAUACGGUUUUUCUUCUUUUUUAUAACUUAAAAAUAUUUUUUUCAUAUGGUGAAAUAAUGAUAAUAAUAACAUGUUUAAUAUUUUACUUUGAAAAAAUUUCUAAGUUCUACAGUAACUUUAAGUUAGUAAACUUUGAAUUAAAUAAAAUUGAAUUAUUACUAGGUACAUAGUAAUUAUAUUAAAUUGUAUUUAAUUAAACAACAUUUUGUAUGUAUGCUUUUAUUAUCAUAUUGCUUAAAAUACUUUGUUUUAUAUUUCUUUUAGAAAAUUACAAUCAUUUUCCAAUAAAAAUAAUCGAGAUAAAACUACUAUGAUAACAAGAAAUAUUAAAUUACUUAAAAAUCCAAUAAAUCAGUCGUACAGUCAAUGUCUGAAAAAUAAUUAUGAUGUACUAGUCAUUGGUGGAGGUAUUAUUGGAUUUGCCACUGCAAGAGAACUAUUAAUACGGAAUAAGCAUUUAAAAGUGGCACUUGUAGAAAAAGAAAAUGGGCCUUCAGUUCAUCAAAGUGGACACAACAGUGGGGUUAUACACGCAGGUAUAUAUUAUAAACCAGGUACAAUGAGAGCAAAAAUGUGUAUUGAAGGGUUGUAUAAGACAUAUGAAUAUUGUUUACAAAAUAAUAUACCACACAAGAAGUGUGGAAAACUUAUCGUUGCUACAGAAAAAUCUCAAAUAAAAAGUCUAAAUGAUUUAUUUGAACGAGGAAUUGAAAAUGGUACUCCUGACAUAAGAAUUAUAAAUGGUAGUGAUAUUAAGACUAUUGAACCUUAUUGUAAAGUAAGUUGGCCUGAAAUGUUAUGAAAUAUAAUUGUAUCUCAAAUUAAAAAUUUGAAGGGCUUACGUGCAAUACAUUCACCACACACAGGUAUUGUGGAUUGGGCAUUAGUUACUAAACAUUAUGCAGUCGAUUUUGAAAAAUUAGGAGGUCAAAUAAUUUACAAUUUCAAAGUGAUUUCGUUUAAAGAAAGUAAAAAAUCUAAAACAAUUGAGAUAACUUCUGCAAACAAUGUAGGUACUUUUAUUUAAUACUACAAUAUAAAAUUAAUAUCAUCUAUUAAAUAUAUUUUUAUAGCAACAGAUUUUAUCAGACUAUGUUGUUACAUGUGGUGGUUUACAAUCAGAUCAAUUAUCAUUAAUGUCUGGAUGUAAAGCCGAUCCAUACAUUUUACCAAUACGAGGGGAAUAUCUUUUACUCGACAAAGAAAAAUCACACUUUGUUAAAGGCAAUAUAUAUCCAGUAGGUAAUGAUAAAUUAUAACUUACUAAUUUAAGUUUAAUUAAACAAUACAAUUCAUUUAAAAAAAAAACAGACUGACAUACUUCGUACUGCGGGUGGGCCACUGUUGUAGGUGAGAAGUUGGAAAAUAGAAUAUAGAAAGGAAUUUAAUUUGUAUCUGUACGCAAUGAUAAACAAUUGUUAAUGAAAAAGAGGAGCAAAGUUUGCAAAGUGGUAAAACAUAUUUUAAAAUUCCAUAAUUUUUACAAUGUUCAACAAAAUUUGAUCAAACUUAAAUUUAUUUUUCAGAUCACUAGGAAUAACUUACAAUUACAAUGUACCUUGUGUUAAAUUUCCAAUCAUUUCUCUUAAAUCAUAUAAUGUUAAAAACAGUUACUUAAUGAAUAAAAUAAAAAUACAAAAAUAUCAAAUACCUAUAAAUAGCUAGAAUAUUUUGAAAAUUGUACUAAUUGUCUAAUUAAAAAAAACUAUGCACUCAAAAUUACAGAACAACUCUUAUUCACAAACAAAAUAAAACUUUAUUUUAGAAAAUAUGCUGUUUUUAAAAUUUGGACAAAGAUGUCUAGUAGAAAUAUAUAAUCUUAAACAUUUAAAAUAAUAAAAUUGUAGCGCCGUAAUUUGAAAAAAUAGUAUUUGUUGUCUUUUUGGUUUUUCCCAAUUAUAAUUAAAAUUGCUUUGGAUGUCAAAAAAUUAUAUUCUCCAUUGAUUAUACAGUGUUAUCCUUAUGCUAAUAACUUUCAAUAUUAAUUUUUUUUUUUUCAAGUUUUGUGCGAAGAGACACAUAUUGAGAAUAAUUAAAUUCCUCUGCACAAAACCUGAUUAAAAAAAAAAAAUUAAUGUUGACCAAAUUAUUAACAUAAGGUAACACUGUAGGACACAUUAAAAUGAACCAAAUCAAUCUCUUGUCAUUUUAUAAUGGGAGCAAUAUUUCUGGUAAAAAUGUUGUUCAUAGAUCAUUAGAUCCAAAACCAAUAAAAAAAUUCCACUUCGAAUCUAAAAGAACACACAUUUAAGUAAAAUUAAUAUAUUCCUCGCUUCACUCAGAAUCUAAAAUACAAAUUAAAUUAAUGUUAUUUCAAAUAGAUAAAUAUCAGGUUUGUUUUUUUAAGGUACCUGAUCCCAGUUUACCAUUUCUUGGUGUACACUUUACUCUGAGAAUGGAUGGUUCAGUAUUUUUAGGUCCAAAUGCAGUUCUGGCGCUAAAACAAGAAGGCUACAGGUUUUAUUAUCAAUUAUAGAAAUUAACGAAUAUUAUUAUAUUAUAUAAUAGGUAUUAUUUAUAUGUUUAGAUGGAAUGAUAUAAGUAUUUCAAACACACUACGACUUUUAAGACUAGAUGGUGUGCAAAAACUUAUAGCAAAACAUAUGAAAUUUGGGAUUAAUGAAACAAUUAAAUCUUUAUUUCCUUCUAAGCAGCUAAAAGAAAUACAAAAUUACAUUCCAGACAUCAAACAAGAUGAUAUCAAAAAGUAAACCAUUUGAAAAUUAAAAUAAAAACCAGAAUUUUAAUGUGUGUUUCUUUAUUAAAAUUCUCAGAGGUCCGACGGGCGUUCGAGCUCAACCACUGUGGGCAAAUGGAACAAUGGCAGAAGACUUGGUGCUUGACAUUGCAUCAGAUGAUCCUACAGAUUUAGUAAAACAUAGGAUAAUGCAUUGUCGUAGUGCUCCAUCUCCUUCAGCUACAUCAUCAUUACCAAUAGGCAAAGUAAUUGUAGAUGAAAUGUUAGCAAAAUAUCCAAACUUAAAUGUUUUAUCAAGUUAAUAUUACUAAUAACAAUAAAGUAUAAAUUAAAAUAACACUAUUAAAAAAAUGAUUGUUAAUGUGUUCAUUAAUCUUAAAUAUAGUUCGAAAAUAAAAUAAUAAUAUAAGUUUGUAGUAAUUAGAUACAUUAUAUUAAUUUCAAUAGGUAAAAUCAAAUACUAACCUACUUAGAUACUAUUUUUUUUCCUAGUGUUAUAUAAAAAAAAAAAUUAGAAUAGGUAUUGUUAAUCAAUAUUAUAAAUACUAUUUAAUUAAUAGAUAUAUCCUUUGUUGAAAAAAUAUGUGCUGGUAUUAAUAUACUUUAAAAAUUCAAUAGAUAAUAUCUAUUGCAAAAUAUGUACACACAGUUAACUUGAAACUAGUUG